AUGACCUCUCUCUUCCCUCUACUGGUGGAGUCCCUCUUCAUGUCCUCCUCCCUGGCCGUGAUUCUGAUCGACUGGAACCACAGCUUCCUGGAUAGGUCACUACUCAGGCUGAUACUGAGUUAUCUCCCUCGCUGGAGAUAUCGCAACAUCAGGCAGGAUGUGUACAUCUGUCUGUUUGGAGUAGCUCUUGCCAUUAUGUACAACAACUCCAUGAAAAAUUUUGCCAUCAACAUGGAAAACUGUCGUAUUAUUGGAGCCUCCAUUGUAAUUUUACUUUCAUUCUGGCUGCAGAGUAAAGCCAAUAAGGUACAUGUAUCUGAUAAAUGUAUUGGAACCUCAAAGAUACAGGUAUCCGACAAGUCAGUGCAGGGAGAGUCCUUGGUUACCAGGGACCAGGAAGUCAAUGUCUCCACCUGCUGUGGGGCGGGGGUACCCCAGCUCCUCCUGCCACUGUCCUUCUCCUCAAAACCUCCACCUGAGAUCGACAUUAGGAAGGAGAUGGGCGAGUCCUAUGUGGAGGCCUGUAAGUCACAGUAUGAUGAAGAGGAACUAGUGACUGCAUUAAAGUACCUGAACAAGCUGAAGGGAGGUUACCCACCAUCUCCAGCAGAAUUCACUGACUUUUACGAUGAACAGAAAGGUAUAGAAGAUUUGAAGAAUGAAGUGAAAGAGAGAGAUCAAGCCCUGGAAAGCGUUCAGAAGAAAACCAUGUCUCUUCAGCAGAUGGUACAGCAACACCAGCAAGCCAUACAGCAGAAGAAUCAAGCCUUACAGCAGAAGGAUCAAGCCUUACAGCAGAAGGACAGAAUGUUGGACUAUAAGGACAGACUGCUGCUGCAGAUGAGAGAGAGGAUUAGAGAGCUGGAGCAGGGUGAGCUACAGAAACGUACGUGUGAGAUGGAGAGGGAGAACCAAUAUCUGUACCAGCGCUUGAUGUGUAAGAUCUGUAGGGUGAAGGAGGUCCAGGUGUUACUCUCUCCCUGUAACCACCUGGUCUGCUGUCAGAACUGUGUGCCAAGUCUUCCCCAAGAAAGGUGCCCAAUUUGUGCAGGAAUAAUUCAGGAUACAAUCGAGAUGUUCUUUGCUUGA